CAUUCUCAACCCUUCACAUUCCUCCUCCCACGUGCCUUUUUGACGCCUGCCACAACCCCUGUCACACACCCAUCCGGCGAUAUCAUUGGACUCCUUAACGGUGUCGCUGGCUUCUAGCGGUCGAUCUAUCCUGUUAAACCUUGUCCUUGAAGGCGGGCCCGUGCCACACAUACACAGCGCACAGCACAGGCCCAAGGAUCCUUGAGUUGCCGACGGAUCUGGAAAAGGACGAGUGAGCGCAGAAAGCAUGGACUCCCUCCAUACCCUCAUUGCCAGAGACGAUGGCUGCCCCACGGGCAACGACUACGACGGCCGAAUCGGCCUGCGCAUCUCCUCCAUCUUCGUGAUCUUCAUCGGCUCGUCGUUCGGGGCUAUCUUCCCUGUCUUUGCGCGCAGCUUCAGUGACGGCAAACUGUCGAAAUGGGCCUUCUUCGUCGCCAAGUAUUUCGGGUCCGGUGUCAUCAUUGCCACGGCGUUCAUCCACCUGUUGGCCCCGGCCGAAGAGGCUUUGACGAGCGAUUGCCUGACGGGGCCGAUCACAGAGUACUCGUGGACUGAAGCGAUUGUAUUAAUGACGAUUGUGGUGUUGUUCUUCGUGGAGCUCAUGGUCAUGCGCUACGCACGCUUCGGGCACGGCCACGCUCAUGACUCGGACAGCGAAGAAGACGACGACAGCCACCACCACCACCACCACCACCACGACGUCCAGCACCACCACCACCACGUGGAAGCCGAGCAGCCGGUGGCCGUCUCCGAGGACUUCAAAGGCCACAUGCCGGGCGAAGACCACCUGGGCCACUCGCGCGAGCACCACGACGUCGAAGCGGGCAAGAACCACUCGCACCUGGAGGAGUACAUGGCGCAGCUGACGUCCAUCUUCAUCCUGGAGUUCGGUAUCAUCUUCCACUCGGUGUUCAUCGGCCUGACUCUCGCGGUCACCGGCACCGGGUUCGUGACCCUUUAUGUUGUGCUCGUCUUCCACCAAACGUUCGAGGGGCUCGGUCUGGGCUCGCGCCUCGCCACAGUGCCGUGGCCGCACGCCAAGCGAUGGACGCCGUAUUUCCUGGGCCUCGGAUUCGGCGUGUCCACCCCAAUCGCCAUCGCCAUCGGUCUGGGCGUGCGCAACAGCUACGCCGACAGCGGCGCCACGACGUUGAUCGUCAGCGGCGUGUUCGAUGCGAUCUCGGCGGGGAUUCUGAUUUACACGGCGCUGGUGGAGCUCCUGGCGCACGAGUUCAUGUUCAGCACGUCGAUGCGCAAGGCCCCGAUCCACGUGGUGCUGUCCGCUUUCGGACUGUUAUGUUUGGGUGCGCUGCUGAUGGCGUUGCUUGGGAAAUGGGCCUGAUUUUUGGGGGGCUUGUUUAUAUGUAUAUAGAAAGAUACCUGUUAAAGGUUAUCCGCGCAUACUUUAGA